AUGCAUUCAAUGGUCCAACGGAGAGUGAAACAAAUUGGUUUGAAGAUUGUUUCACCAAAUGUUCUAGACAUGACACUUGUAGAUCUCCCAGGUAUUACAAAGGUUCCCGUUGGCGAUCAGCCUUCUGAUAUUGAAGCCCGGAUCAGAACAAUGAUCAUGUCAUAUAUCAAAGAGCCCUCAUGUCUUAUUCUAGCUGUCACACCGGCAAAUUCAGAUUUGGCUAAUUCCGAUGCUCUUCAGAUGGCAGGAGUGGCUGAUCCCGAGGGUAAUAGAACGAUCGAUGUAAUCAUAAAGGUUCAGUAUACUCUUCUAACAUUAUAUGUGUAUCUUUAUGGAUUUUGUUAUAUGCUGUUGAGAAAAGUUAUUCCCCUCCGACUUGGCUAUGUUGGCGUUGUAAAUCGUAGUCAGGAGGACAUUCAAAUGAACCGGAGUAUAAAAGAUGCUCUUGUUGCUGAAGAGAAAUUUUUCCGCAGCCGUCCUGUAUACAACGGUCUAGCAGAUAGUUGUGGUAUACCUCAACUAGAAAAGAAGUUAAACCAGAUUCUAGCACAACAUAUCAAAGUUGUGCUACCUGGGUUGAGAGCACAUAUAAGCAAUAACCUAGUUACUGUUGCAAAGGAGCAUGCGAGCUAUGGAGAAAUCACGGAGUCUAAGGCAUGUGGUGCUCUUCUCCUGAACAUUCUUUCAAAAUAUUGUGAAGCAUUCUCCUCCAUGAUUGAGGGAAAGAAUGAGGAGAUGUCCACAUCCGAGUUAUCUGGUGGGGCUCGGAUUCAUUAUAUUUUUCAAUCCAUCUUUGUCGGGAGUUUAGAGGAGGUAGAUCCAUGUGAAGGCUUGACUGAUGAUGAUAUUCGUACUGCCAUACAAAACGCAACUGGGCCAAGAUCAGCAUUGUGA